AGCGGCGCGCGGCCCGCCCCCGGACCCGCCCCGCCGCGCGGUGCCGCUUGCCGCCCGGGUAGCACUGACGUGUCUCUCGGCAGAGCAGCCGCGCUCCGGAACAGGCAGCGUCGCCUCAUCCGGCGCGGAGCGGAGCCGAAGCGGAAACUGGAACCCGAGCAGACCCCACCAUGGCGAUCAAGUUUCUGGAAGUCAUCAAGCCCUUCUGUGUCAUCCUGCCGGAAAUUCAGAAGCCGGAGAGAAAGAUUCAGUUUAAGGAGAAAGUGCUGUGGACCGCCAUCACCCUCUUUAUCUUCUUAGUGUGCUGUCAGAUUCCUCUGUUUGGUAUCAUGUCUUCAGACUCUGCUGACCCCUUCUACUGGAUGAGGGUGAUUCUCGCCUCUAACAGAGGCACAUUGAUGGAGCUAGGCAUCUCUCCCAUUGUCACCUCUGGUCUUAUCAUGCAGCUCUUGGCUGGUGCCAAGAUAAUUGAAGUUGGUGACACCCCAAAAGACAGAGCUCUCUUCAAUGGAGCCCAAAAGUUGUUUGGUAUGAUCAUUACUAUUGGUCAGUCCAUCGUGUACGUGAUGACGGGAAUGUAUGGGGACCCUUCUGAGAUGGGUGCUGGGAUCUGCCUGUUAAUCACCAUUCAGCUUUUUGUUGCUGGCUUGAUUGUCCUACUUUUGGAUGAACUCCUGCAGAAGGGGUAUGGCCUGGGCUCUGGCAUUUCCCUCUUCAUCGCAACUAACAUCUGUGAAACCAUCGUCUGGAAGGCAUUCAGCCCCACCACCGUCAACACCGGCCGAGGAAUGGAAUUUGAAGGAGCCAUCAUUGCACUGUUCCAUUUGUUGGCCACACGCACAGACAAAGUACGAGCCCUUCGUGAGGCCUUCUACCGCCAGAAUCUCCCCAACCUCAUGAAUCUGAUUGCUACCAUCUUUGUCUUUGCCGUUGUCAUCUAUUUCCAGGGCUUCCGUGUGGACCUGCCAAUCAAGUCAGCACGCUAUCGUGGCCAGUACAACACCUACCCAAUCAAGCUGUUCUACACCUCCAACAUCCCCAUCAUCCUGCAGUCUGCCCUGGUGUCCAACCUGUACGUCAUCUCCCAGAUGCUGUCAGCUCGCUUCAGUGGCAACUUGCUGGUCAGCCUGCUGGGCACCUGGUCGGACACUUCUUCUGGGGGCCCAGCACGUGCAUAUCCAGUUGGUGGCCUGUGCUAUUACCUGUCCCCACCAGAGUCCUUUGGCUCCGUGCUAGAAGACCCGGUACAUGCAGUUGUGUACAUCGUGUUCAUGCUGGGCUCCUGUGCCUUCUUCUCCAAGACGUGGAUCGAGGUCUCGGGCUCCUCUGCCAAGGAUGUCGCCAAGCAGCUGAAGGAGCAGCAGAUGGUGAUGAGAGGCCACCGGGAGACCUCCAUGGUCCACGAACUCAACCGGUACAUUCCCACAGCCGCGGCCUUUGGCGGGCUGUGCAUAGGGGCCCUCUCGGUCCUGGCUGACUUCCUGGGUGCCAUCGGGUCUGGAACUGGGAUCCUGCUUGCAGUCACCAUCAUCUACCAGUACUUUGAGAUCUUCGUCAAGGAGCAGAGCGAGGUGGGCAGCAUGGGAGCCCUUCUGUUCUGAGCCGGUCUCCCCUGCACUGGGGAGACACAUGCUCCAGAGCUGCCCAGGAAGGGAGCGCAUACCGCGGAGCGAGCUGCUGUGGCAUACGGACUUGAGUUUAAUGAUGUUUUUUUUUAAUUUCAUAUCCUUUCAUUCCACUGUGUAAAGUGCUAGAAAUUUUCCAAUUUGAAACUUUGCUUUUUAUUCUGGCAUUGGCAAGAAGAAAAAAAAAAAAGAAGUGGUGGUGACUGCCAGAAGGGAAUGGUAGCCAGUCGUCCCAGCUGUCCUGUAAACUCUCAGCCCUCCACACUUCUCAGUGCCACAAUGGCCGCAGCUGUCUCACCUGCCCCCUGCAGCCUCUGGCCCCAGUUGGGUUGGAAGCACAAACACAAGGUCUACACCUUGUUUGGGACCACGGGGCAUGAGGCUGGGAGCAGAUCCUGUUUUCUGGGGACAUGAAUGUGAGGAUCUCACCAGCAUGUUUCUGUCACUAUCAGGGUGGAAUUAUCUGGCUUAAGACUGUUUCUGUGUAAGACACCAUUGUUUUCCCUUUUAAAAGUAGGUUUUCUUAGGAGAGGGAUAAAUUUCUGAGAAACCAGGCUGUCUGCUGGUGUCCCUGCCUGUGCUGUGGGUUGUUUGCCAGGUGUCUGAGGCCAGUCUUGAGGUAGAGCACAAGGCCUAUUUGUCCCUCCAGCUUGGAGCCAGGCAGCUGGUGUCCUCUAGUCAGGUGAGGUUCAUUGCCUUGACCCAGUAGAGCCUGACUGGCUGAGUAGCUGUACAAAUGGGGGACCCUUUCAGCGAUCGUUUUGUUCAGAUUUUGCCAGUCAUUGGUCUUGUCUCCCAUAGUUACACUCUGUUCCCCACAACCCACCAGGGAGGGUCAGACACAGAACGGAAGGCUUGGUGUUCAACAAGCUUCUUCCGCCUUCCAGCCGGAAAACCUCCUGCUUGGAAUUUUAGAAUUUCUUACUGUGCUUAGGACCAAAAGCAGUCAGUCUCCUCCACACUCACCAGCGUCAAGGCAGGAGAGUAUGCAGGAUCAGGAUCACUGGUCAAAUCAGGUCAAGGGGUUGGGGUUCUUUGGGGGAAUCUGCUCACAAUUGUGUCUGAAGUUAGUUCUGAUUGGGAUGACAGGUGAUGUGAGUGACCAGGACCCUUGGACUUUAGGAAACUCUUCCUCCCGCCCAGGUGCUGCUGUCAGGGAUGGCAGCCAGGUGGGACUGAGGGCCAGAGGGAACUAGAGGUUGUCAUCUGACCUUUAGGCUAUGGGGAGUCAGGGGAGUCCUUGCAGGAGGUGAGCACAGCCAUGCAAAGGGUCACACAGAGCCCCUGCCACUUUGGAAAGUGGCCAGCUUUGUCACUAUCCCUGUCUAAAUCAGUCAGGGCUCCUAGGAGACCCCGCUAGCUGUGCUAGCCAGCGGUGUCAGGGACAAGCUAAUUGCCUCAGCCACCUGGCAGAGCAGGAGGGCCAAGCCCUUGCCUACAACCCAGGGCUCAUACUUUAUCACACGUGGCCUUGCCUAGACCCAGUCCUCAGCAGAGGGAGGCCCUGUGGUCAGAGGCCCUCCCAGCCCACAGGGUCCUCCCACCUCCCUCUCCUCUGCCCCUUCCAUGGGGUGGCAGGACCUGCCAGCACACCCCUGGGGACUCUGCCUCUUCUGGUAGGCAGUGGCUGCCUCCCAUCUCACGGGCUAUGGGCUGGAAGUGCCAGGCCCGGGGGAGCCCUGCGGCCCUGCUUGCUGCUGUAGCCAUCCAGCAGGUCUGUGACCCGGCUCACACCCUUGGUUGAUGGUCAUGGUGGGUGGGUGGGGCUGACCCCACCUCCAGGGAACCAUCACUGUGGAUGCCAAAAUGGCACAACUGAGAUACAGUGAAUAAGUAACAAAUAAAGCCAACUUUUUACAACCUGCUU